CUGUUUUCUGCUGUCUCCUGCGAAGGGAAGUUCGGAGUUGGGUUGUCCUUCUGGUUUAGUGUUUUUUUUUACUUUACAUGAAAGAAUAGGACAUACUUCAUUUAACUCAAUUUGCAUUGAGAAGGGCAUUGAAUCAUCAAUCAGUCAUCCAUUUACAACUCAGGUGUUUGAAGAUUGUUGUUCAUUUCAUCAUGAUAUGGAAAUGUAAACGAUAUCUACGACAGUCCUGCUUAACCCUUGCCUUGAGUUGUGUCAUCUGUCUAUUACUGAAGAUCUUUGCCAGAGAGGGCCUUAUCUCUAAUGGUCGAAACUGCUUUCUUGAGAAAUUCCAACAUUCUUUGGGGAAUGGCUGCCUUCCUACUACCGGUCCUUGUAACAAAAAGUGUUCAGAGUUGGAGGUCUCCACAGAAUCACUUUAUGGUGUGAAUUGUACAGCUGUUUUGCAAGGGGAAGUCAAUGCAAUCAAGAGAAGUCAAUUAUUAAAGGAGCAGUAUAAAGCAACAAGGUACACGGACUCUUACUUUACUAAUAUCACAUGCAAUUGUGAGAAUUUCAUAAGAAACAGAAAGUACAUCACAGUUCCGCUCAGUGAAAAUGAGAAGCAAUUUCCAAUUGCCUACUCUAUAGUCAUUCAUGAGAGAGCUGACCAGUUUGAAAGACUAUUGAGAACAAUCUUUGCACCACAGAAUAUUUACUGUGUGCAUGUUGAUGACAAAUCAUCCACUAGUUUCAAAACUGCGAUUCGCAGCAUUGCAUCCUGCUUCCCAAAUGUUUUUAUUGCGAGACGAUUGGAGAAUCUCGUUUAUGGCUCUUGGUCCAGGGUUCAGGCAGACCUGAACUGCAUGGAGGAACUGCUGGCAAGACAUCUAACCUGGAAGUACUUCAUCAACCUGUGUGGCAUGGAUUUUCCCACCAAAACCAAUUCGGAGAUUGUCCGCAAACUACAGGAGUUGAAAGGGAGGAAUAAUUUGGAGUCUGAAGUAGCUUCAGAGAAGAAGCAGGUGCGCUGGAAAUAUCAUUUUGAGGUAAUCAACGGGAAAAUGGUACAGACGAAAAAGGUCAAGAAACCAUCAUUCACCUCUAUAUUCUCAGGCAGUGCCUACAUGGUAGUUAGUAGACCAUUUGUUGAACACAUCUUCAAAGACCCAAAGGUAAAGCAAUUAAUUGAAUGGUCAAAAGAUACAUAUAGCCCUGAUGAGUUCAUCUGGGCCACUCUGCAGAGGAUGCCUGGUGUCCCUGGUUCCGAACCUUCCCAUCCCAAAUAUGACGUAAGUGAUAUGAGAUCCGUGGCUCGGUUGGUGAAGUGGAAAUAUUUUGAAGGCGACAUGACGAGAGGGAAACCCUACCCGUGGUGCACUGGUGCCCAUCGAAGGUCAGUCUGUAUUUAUGGAGCAGGUGACCUCAACUGGAUACUUCAACAACAUCACCUGUUUGCAAAUAAAUUUGAUAUCGAUGUGGAUCCCAUUGCACUCCAGUGCCUGGAGCAGUAUAUUCGACAGAAAACUCUGGUGGGCUGCACCCCAUAAAAACUUGUCAUAGAGCAGGGAAACAGGAACUUUGGCCCACCACGUCGCACCAACCAUCGAGCACCCAUUUACACUAUUGCAGCACUAGUUUUAUUUUCUUCUCCCCAAUUUCCAUCAACUCCCCCCAGAUUCUCCCACUUAACUAUAUACUAAGUGCAACUUACAGUGGCCAGUUAACCUACUGAACUGCACAUUUUUGGAUGUAAUAGGAAGCUGGAGCACUUGGAGAAACCCAGACAGUCACAGGGAGAACGUACAAAUUCCAUACAAACAGUCCCAGAAGUCAGGACUGAACCCGGGUCACUGGAGUUGUGAGGUAGCAGCUCCACUAGCUGCUCCACUGUGCUACUUGUAUGGCCACCACUUGGAGUUUUUAUUACUUUUAAGCCACUGUGAGUAUCUACGAACAUGAUCUACAAAAUUCCUUACAAAAUAAACAGUUGUAGCUGUUGUAAAGUGGGAUUGUUAUGUAGGCAAGUAGUUACUACAGGAUACUGAACAAGUGCAGUUUAAACUGUGGAUCUGUAAAAUGUCCAGACACACAUGUCCUUUGAUCUUCAUCACUAUUACAUAAUUGGAAGUGUCAGCAGCCACAAUAACUUCAUACAACUGAAUACAAAUCCUGUCUUCUCUCCUCCAGCCCCUGCCCCCACCAUGCUCUGCAAUUUAAAACUAAUUUCUCCCAGUUGUGAUGAAAGGUCAUCAACCUGAACGUUAGCUCUGUCUUUCUCUCUCUACAGAUGCUGCCUGACCUCCUGAGUAUUUCCAGCAUUAUGUUUUUAUGAUAGGUUCAAACUCAUUCUUCACAAAGUUAUUGAUAUGUGAGAUACAAUGAAGAGGAAAAAGCCCAGGAAUUAUUCAGUAGUGAGUUCAAUACUAUAGUGGUCUGAAAUGGAUGAAUCAGUGUGUGUUUCAGAUUCUCUCUGGAUGAAUAAGUUAAGAUGAAUUAUCUUAUGAUUUUUAAAUAUCCACUCCAUUUCUCACUGCUUCCUAUGAAGCUGUUGACCAGGGAUUUGAUGGAGGUAGCAUCCUGGGUAUUUCUGCACAAGGUUGCUUCAGCAUGCAAAUCCUAAAUGGAAUGUAAAGGGAAUAAAGGUAUUUCAUAUAACUGUAUUAAUAUCUGAAAAUAUUAUGCAGGAGGAGAAGAAACCAUGAGGAAUAGCACAAAAUCAUUGCAAAUGCAAAUAGAGAAUAUGAUGUCUUUAUGCAGAAAGAAUAAAUUGAUUGGCAUUUUAAUUACUUUGGGGGAAAUGUUAUCAGAAUUGCCCUGUAAUCAAUGUUACAUUGUCAAUUAAUGUUAUCUAUAAAUUAUUAGUACUGUCAACUAUGGUUUGAACAUUAAUAAAUAAAUAAUAUUUCUUGA